AUGGCAUCCAUUGAACAUGAUGGGUGCCGAAAGGUAAGAAAAAGGAGAAGUCCAGAGCAACUUACAAUGGGCGCAGUAACGUCCUCCCUAGGCACUAGCACUUCUAAUAACAUGCAGUCUAAAUCCAAGACUAGCCUUCACAUGUUCGAAGAGAUAGUUGGCCAGGAGAUUCCUGCUGAAGAGACUCUUGUUCGCGAAACAGGGAUCUUGUUGGCCAAUAAAAAGAAGUACUGGGUGGACAAUGAGAACAAGAACUGCUUCAAGAUAUUCCCUAUAGACCUGUCCAUCACUUGGGGUGAUGACACUAGAUACUGGAGCUGGGUAGAAGAAUGUGAUGCUGGUACCACGAUCAAGGUCGCGAAGCUGCUGGGCGUCGCCUGGUUGGAUAUCUUUGGGUACCUGGAGCAGUCCUAUCUUAAUCCAGAUGUAACAUACGAGGUUUCCUUCGAGCUGAAGCUUGAGAAGGGAGCCGAUGGAUGGAAUGAGCCGGUGGAAGCCGGGGUCAUGUCCGCCGAUGGUGUAACUCAGAAGGGCAGCGUGUAUCUCCAGCAGAUCAUGGAAAGGGGCAAGUGGCUGCCGAUCAAGGUUGGGGAGGUUAAAUCACAUCCGGGCCGGACUGGAAAUGUUUCGGUCUUCUUGCGCCAGGGGUUAUCUCAUUGGAAGACGGGGCUUCUCAUCAGGGGCAUCACCAUCACUCCCAAAAGAAUAACUGUACCUGGACGUCCGACGUCCAGGUCUAACAUCGAAUGGCCCUACGGGUAA